GUGCCGUUUGUGUUUCCGCUAGCAGCAGCGGAGCCUGUCUGUCUGCCCGCCUGUCUGUCUGUCUGCUCGUCUCUCCGCACAGAAACCGGAUUAAGCAGCACCCCCGCUGACAGGCCGCCUCCUCCUCGGGCGGUUUAGCGGACCGUGUUGUUUUACACACUUUACACUUUGUUGACGGAAGUAAAAGCCGCGGUGUUAGCCCGGCUAACAGGCUAGCAGGCUAACAGGCUAGCAGGCUAACGCUACAAGUCAGCUCUCGGUGUUUUGGGUGAAACAGCCGGACUCGCUGCUGUUCUGCAGGGUUCUGCCGGGUUCUCAGCAGGUUCCCUCACGGCAGAGUUGUAAAGUGCAGGCAGGACCGUGUUCUCCGGCUGUUGGAGGCUGAUUGUGGAGUUAGCUGGUGUUUGGUUCACAGAGCCGCCGCCCUCACCGCCCUGAUCCUCUGAUCCUCUGCAGAGACGAAACCAACACACCCUGCCGGACAGACAGACAGACAGACAGACAGCUGAUCUGGAGACAGGCGGAGAGCUGCACCACCCUGACUGCAGCUGAGCAGCUCCAGCCUCAGCAGGGACUCUACCUGACGGGACAGGACAGGACACAGGACAGGUGUGCAGGUGUGCAGCAGCCCAGAUGGGAAACAGCGCACUCAAGUCUCACCUGGAAACCUCCCAAAAGACGGGAGUCUUCCAGCUGACCGGGAAGGGCCUGGUCGAGUUUCCAGAGGAGCUGCAGCGGCUGACGGCGAACCUGCGGACCGUCGACCUGUCCAGCAACAAGAUCGAGGUUCUUCCUGCCGCCAUCGGGAACUUCCUGCAGCUGAAGAGCCUGACGCUCAACUCCAACAAACUCACCAGUAUUCCCAGUGAGAUGGGCAAGCUGAAGAAGCUGGAGACUCUGAGUCUGAAUGGGAACCAGUUGCAGCAGCUUCCUGCCUCGCUCAACCAGCUCAAAGCCCUGCGGACCCUCUGCCUGGCCGGGAACCAGCUGCGCGACUUCCCCUCCGGCCUGGGAACCCUGAGGCAGCUGGACCUGCUCGACCUGUCCCGCAACCGCAUCCAGAACGUCCCGGCCGAGGUGUCCGAGCUGCAGGCCAUCGAGAUCAACCUCAACCAGAACCAGAUCUCGGCGGUGGCGGCCUCGGUGUCUCGCUGUCCCCGGCUGAAGGUCCUGCGGCUGGAGGAGAACUGCCUGGAGCUGUCCUCCAUCCCUCUGUCCAUCCUGGGCGAGUCGCAGGUCAGCCUGCUGUCUGUGGAGGGAAACCUGUUCGAGGUCAAGAGGAUGAGGGACCUGGAGGGAUACGACAAGUACAUGGAGCGCUUCACCGCCACCAAGAAGAAGUUCUCCUGAGGACACAGGCCGGGGCUCAGGGGCCGCGGCGCCACCCGCAGGCCCGACCGGGAACUGCGGCGGCGGCCCGCAGGCGGGACCACGGCAUCUUCAGACUGAGCACGGCGCCACCUGGCGGCGGCUGAGCACAAACAGCCGAGCUUUUAACACCCAGACAGAGAGUUGAAGCCGGAGGAGGAGCGGAGCGUCCGGACGGCGAGGAGGAGGAGCCGCAGCCUCUCAGGGACUCACAGGGACUCACCUGCACACUAACAGAAUGUAAUCUGCACACCUUAGGCAUCUGCAGCUUCACUUUAUGAGCAAAUCAACAGAGUUUGUUUCCAAAAUGCUGGGCGGCACAAUAUUUCUUUGAUCAGUCAGCGUCGCCUCUCCGUUUAGGCCUCGAUCUGAAAACAGCCCGUUCCCUCCGCCUCGACCUUCAGGCCACAGGAACACUGAUCUGGUCUCAGCUGUGCUCUUCUUCUGUGGUGUGGACGGUGCACAGGACACAGGUGGAUAUCUGUGAUGGUGCCGGGGCGGAGCUAGAUAGAUAGGACUGCUGCUCCACACACACACACACACACACACACACACACACACGACACGAGUGUGUGUGUGUGUGUGUGUGUCCUGACGGCCGGGACGGUGUCUUUCAGGUCCAGAAAAAUCUGAGAAUUGAAAAUUUCUCAGGACCAGUUAUUGAAUAUUAUUGAAUGUUGUCAGCCCUAAUGUUGAUUUAUAUUAAUAUAUAUAUAUAUAUAUUGAGUGAUAAACCUUCAUAAGAAUGUGAGCCUGAAUUGAACAUUUUUGUCAAGAGAAAAUAAAUUUAAUUAUUCUUUAUUUAAAAGAAAGAUUUGAUUAAUUAAUUUUUUUUUUUUUUUUUUUUUUUUUGUCAUUUUGGAAACAAACUCCUGAAUGCUCUGGAGUUUAAAGCAAAGUAGCAGCUCUGUUGAAUGGCUUUUAGAUCAUAGGCUUUUUUUUUCCUGAUAAUGUGUUUAAGGUUUUCUGCAGUGAAAUGAUAUUUCCGAAUGUAAACUCUGGAAACACUACGGGAGCCAGAGGUUGUUGUAAAUUUCUCCUGGAAUGAAGGAAUCCUCAGAGCUGCUCCCUUCAUGGUCCACAUGUAUUUAAAUCUCUUUUAAUGGUUUUAUUUAACACUUUUGAAUAAUGUUAGGCAUUAUUUGAUCCAUUUUGUCAAAGAGUCUUAAAGCAGCUCAUUAACUUUGUUGUUGUGGAAGGCGAUCAGCUGUGUCACCUCAGAGACAGAGGGCUUUUCCUGAUCAGGUCUAUUGAUCGAUUUUGGGAUAAAAUAAGACAGUUGUGGUGAUCCAUCAGAAACCUGCACUUCCUGUUUCCUGUCCCAGUUUAAAGCUCCGUCCCAGUGAUUUUUAAUGUUUGUCUCGUUCACAUUUUCCACGUCAACAAACCGUUGAUCAAAUCCUGCGAAGGAACCACAGAUUUCACAUCACAGAACCAAAAGUGUGAGUUUCCACCUCAUAAUGUUCUGCUUCUGCAGAGAACAAAGUCCUCGACAUUUCUCAGAGUUCAUGUUCAUAUCGAGGUGGAAUGAAUGGAAACCAGCGGCUGGAGGAGAGGGAGGAGGAGUGAGAGCACUGCUCGCUUUGGGGGGAGAUCAGAGGAACGUUGUGGGACGUGCAGAGAGUCUCUGGGACGGGGCUUCAGCAGGGCGACGGGCUGCAGGGGUUUCCUCUGCAGGAGUGUGAGGCCAUCAAUCUGUCAACACGCUGACUGUUUCCAGGCUGUUUGUCUCCUCGGCUUCACUCAACAUAAACAUCUAACAUCA